AUGUCUUCUAGUCUUAGAGCAAUGGAACCUGCGCUUGAAUACACCAUCACGGGCUGCACCUUGGCCGACAGCGAUGAGCUGACCAAAAACAACAUCCCCGCCUUCUGGGCAGAUCCCCACUGGCAACUCGCCUGGCGCCAUCGGACGCUCGAGUACCACAUCACACAGAUAGCCAAGCGAACGCCGCGAAACCUCAUCAAUGACCCCGAUACGAAGCGACACCAAAAGGCCGUGGAUCCCACCACCGGGCGAAUAGUGGGAUAUGCCCGGUGGAUUCUACCCGCAUCCCACGCCAAGAGCAUCGGCGGGGCUCCGGCUUGGCCCGAUGCCGUGGUUCCGUCUGUCAGUGAAGAGGAGGAAGCGGAGAUCCGGCGCGUUGCCGCGACGGCUCAUUGGGACCCUAAAGAGGAGUCAGAUGAGCUGCUUAUCCCUAUCCGUGAGGCAGAGGAUGAGAUUCUCAGUAGGAAGGAUUACAUGCGACUGGACUACCUGGCGGUUCACCCGGACAACCAAGGCAAAGGCAUAGGCACUGCUCUGGUCAAAAGUGGCUUAUCAAGAGCCAAAGAUUUGGGCCUUGACGUCUUCAUACAUGCCAUGGAGGCCGGAGUGGAUCUUUACAAGCGCCUUGGCUUCGUAGUUGAGGCGGAAUUUCUCCAAGAUGAUACUAAAUAUGGCGGGGACGGGCAUGUUUACAGGGCUCUCAUGAUCUUGAAGCAAGACCAAUCACAAUGA